GCAGAAUGUAAAAUAAUGCACAUCAAAUUCCUGAGGAGAGUGCUGUGUAGAUAUAGUCUAUUAAGGACAAAUCCUCUAUGUGGGAUUGUGAAAAGAGAAGCCCAUGGAAAAACAGAAGAAGAAGUAGCUGAGGACAAACAAUUCAGAUUUGAAGGACUUCAACCUCAUCACUACGCUUUUUUAAACCAAGAUUUGGACUGGAAAUUAUUUGUACACAAAGCGAAGCUGAAAACAUUUAAAGCUUUGCAAGACGACCAGAAACAGAAAAAGGCAAGACUUGAAACGUUAGGACCAGAAUUAGCAGCAGCCCAUUUUAUUGUUGGAAGAGGAGGAGCUGUUAAAUUAUUGGACAGAAAUCGUUGGAUUAAAAGGGAUCAUACUGGAGCAUAUACUUUACCACGAUGGAUGAUGGACAAUAUGUUUGUAGAAGGAAUUGAUGCUUCAUACUCGGAUUUAUUAUAUGAAGGGCUUGAGAACUUAGAGGGAUUACAGAAAGUGAAAUUCUUGAAUUUAAGCAACUGUCCAUAUAUAGAUGAUUUUUGCCUGUCAAAACUUCAAAUGUUGUCUGAUACUUUAGAGGUUCUUGAUGUUAGUGGUUGUGAGAGAGUCACAGAACAUGGCAUAGCAUGUAUACAUCAUCUACCAAAUCUCAAGGUUCUAAAUAUUGCAGACACACCAAAUGUGAAACAAAAAGAAAUACUGACACUAUAUUUAGAAGAACUAUUACCCCAGUGUAUUAUACGUGGUGUUGAUCAUGUGUCAAUCAAUCAGGGUGAUACAGACUCGCUCAAACAUGAAGAAAUUUCAAGCGUUUUGGACACUAAUAAAUUCAUAGAAGACUUAGUGCGAAAUGAAAAUAUCACAGUUGAGGACCUUUAUAAGGAAUUCAUAGAAAAAGAUCAUACCCAGAGCCUAGACAGUGGUAGAAUUUCUAAUGACUUUGAUUGUAAACUUUCCCAUUCUGAAGUGGAUAAAAUGAAGCUAACAUCAUGACAUAUUUGAUUUAUUAAACAUACAGUUGUUUUAAGUAAUGAUCUUUUCUUUAGUUCAAUUAUUUUUAUCUGUAAAUGUGUUAGAUUGAUUGUUCAGCAAAAACUUAACAUAACAACCAAAGCCAAUGAAUUGUAUUGGUCAAUCAUGUAUGUUUAAUCUACAGUAUGCUUUUAUGACUGAAUACUUUAAGUGCCUGUCCAAAGUCAGCAGCUGGUUGUUCAGAGGUUGUCGUUGGUUCAUGUCUGUCAUAUUUGUAUUUAUUAAUUUGUUUUGUUAUAAAUUAGGUCAUAAAUUUU